AUGAUGGACAGCAAAAGCCCCCCCAAGCUCCCUUCUUGGCAGAGCGUCCGAGUGCUGGAUUGCGCCCGCUUGUCCUACGCACCUACGUACUGCAUAUGCGGCUAUUCUGUUGUCUCAUCCUCUCUGUCUCUCUCUUCUCUCCGAGCUUCCUGUCUUAUUUCUCCGUGCUGCCAACCGAGCAUGGCACUGCCGCCUCCGGUCCGGCUGUGGCGGGUUUUAUUCGCUGCUGCGAACGAACCGUGCGAGUGUCAGAGCGAGCGAUCGGCGGCACUGAACACAAAUACCCUACGUAGUACAACCUUCCUUAGGCUUCCUCCUCCUCCACGAGAGGUGCCUGCGCCCUUUUUUUUUUUCCUUCUCUUGAAUGUCGGGCUUUUCUCUUCAACAGUCAGCUGUGUCAGAGGGAUUCAGCCCAGCCGAUUUCCAACUCAUCACACACCCCCCCCCCCCC